CAUUAUAAUUGUAUCUGCUGCUGUUGUGUUCCUGCUGGGUUUACAAUAGGCUAUGAUCUACCUCCUGGCUUGAAGACUGAAGGCUCAUGUCUCUCUUUUAUCGCUCAUUCGACCAGUUUUGUUUUCUUUGUUUAUAGUUACUCAAGUCUUUAAAUAUCCCACCAUAGUGUGUCCGGUGUCACAUUUGUAAAUGUCUCAUAAUAGCAAAAUUCAGUUUCUAAAGUUGAUGAAUUUAAGAGAUUGUUCAAGUCUGACGUGAUAGACAUAUUCAAAUGCUGAUGACACCGAAAAUAUUUUUUUUUCACCAUAAAAUCAAGUAUAUUUUUGUUGUCUGCAUCCAUAUCAAUAGUUCGCUGAAAGUGUUUUUUAUUUCUUCUAGUGUAUCACAAAAGGCAUCACAACUUACAGCAAAGACAAACAAAGAAGAGAUGCACUUUAUCAAUAUUUUCAGCUGUUACUUUUAAUAUAUUUUUUCUUUUGUCCAAUUCUGAUAAGAUAACAAGUUUUUAUGUAGUUUAUUUAUUUUUUAAACUCACGUUUAAGGGAAUAAAAAUCAGUUCAAAUAAAGUGAGCAAAGAUGAUUGAUGACUUAUUCAAUGGAUCCUUGUCACAGUAUUGUUAACAAUAAGGGUCCACUUGGCAGGGCAAAUCUUUGGGCUCCAUAGAAGUUAUGAUUUUAUGACAGCAUGUGUGUUGACAUGGAUUUAUACCAAAAUAACUUUGACAGGAUUACAUUGGCCAAUAAAAUAUCUGCCUUGACAUCAUGCAUCCCCUGUGCAGCACAACAAACUGAACAGUUCGUUGUAAGUUCUUGUUUCUGUUAUUUGUACUUCCAGAUACUUGUUUCAGUAUGAGUAAGAGGAAACUUAAAGUGAGCGGUGAUAAGAAAGCAGACAAGAGCUGCAGAUUAAGAAUUGUUGGUAAUGAAGAAACACCGGGUGAUAAAACCCAUCAGGGACCGUCUUCCAGCAGCUUCCCUCUUUCUGCCACAGUGAGUCAUUUCCCCACAAAGCACCAACUAUUUGUCUUUACUUUCUCUCCAACUCAUUAACGGCUUAAUAUUGUUUCCUGCAUGUAUUUCUAGGGAGAUACCGGCCUUAUUGAAAGUGUCAGCAUGAAGAAUUUCAUGUGUCACCGUGUGUUCGGUCCAUUCCAGUUUGGGCUAAAUGUGAAUUUCAUCGUCGGCAACAAUGGAAGUGGAAAAAGUGCAAUCCUGAAUGCCCUGACUGUCGGCCUCGGUGGAAAGGCAACCGUCACAAACAGAGGAGUGUCCCUGAAGGAUUUUGUAAAGACUGGUGAAGAUGCUGCAGAUAUAACCAUAAAUCUGAGAAACAGAGGACCAGAUGCCUAUAAAAGUGACGUGUACGGCGACUGCAUCUCUGUUGAGCAUCACAUCCCUUGCAAUGGAACCCGAACCUGCAAACUGAAGAGCAAAUCAGGAAAACUUAUCUCACACAAAAAGGAGGAGUUGACGGCCAUCUUGGAUCACUUCAACAUCCAGGUGGAUAACCCAGUGUCCAUUCUUAACCAAGAAAUGAGCAAACAGUUCCUGCAUACAAAAAGUGAAUCAGACAAGUAUAAGUUCUUCAUGAAAGCAACUCAGCUGGAACAGAUGAAGAGGGAUUACACCCAGAUCAAACAAACUACAACAGUCACACGACAGCAGGUCGAGAGACAAGAGGAGUGUCUCAAGGACCUGAAACAGGAGUUUCUAAAGAAGAAAGAGAGGUAUGAAACCGUGUCAUCCUUCAGUGAGAUAAAGGAGGUCCUUGAGAAUCUGAAGAAAAAAAUGGCAUGGUGUUUGGUCAGAGAGAAGGAGGUGUUAGUACAGCAGCUGAAGGAGGACAUUGAAAGGGAAGGGAAUAAUGGCAAACAUCAGAAGAACCUUCAGCUCUAUCAGGCUACGGUCAUCCAAUUAGAAGGGAGGCUUCAGUGCGUAAAGAGCUGUAUUGACAAUCUGAGAGAGCAACAAGACUCUUUAUCAGAUGACUGUCACAAGUUGAAAAUACAAGUGAGGAUUAUUAACAAAAGUCAUAAGGAAAAGGAGCUUGUCUAUUUUCGGGUUCUGAACAAACUCAAGCACUCAGAGAAGGAACAAAAUCUUCUUCAGGAGAAAAUAAACAAUGCAAAAACAAGCAGGAGCCCAAACAAAGAUGGAGAGACAGAAUACGCUGAACAGAAAAAGAAAAUAUCUAGCCUGAAAAAGGAGCUUGCAGAGCUUGAGAGCGAGUGCUCACAGCUGAAUCAAGAGAUCAAUAGCAAACAUCAGGCACUUUUCAAAAGAAGGGAAGAGCAGGACAAGCUGAGAUUGGAAGAAAGAAACAUCCAACAAUCAUACGAGUCCAAACUUAUGAGAAAGACUCGGUUCCUCGCCAGUCAGUCAAACAACCUGAAGCGUUUUGGAGAUAAUGUACCCGACCUGCUGAAUUCCAUUUCUGAGGCGCAUGCCAAAGGACGCUUUCUCAAGAGACCCGUUGGUCCCCUAGGAGCCUGUUUCAGUCUGAACGAUCCCACGUUGGCAGUAGCUGUGGAGUGUUGUCUGCGGACCCUCAUGAGGACUUUCUGCUGUGACAACUACAAGGACGAGGCAGUCCUUCAGGAGCUGAUGUCUACCUAUUAUCCAACAGGCACCAGGCCACAAAUCAUUGUCUGCCCUUUCUCAGACAAACUGUACAACAUUCAAGGACGGAAAGCAUAUCACCCUGAAUGUCAUACUCUGAUUGACGUAAUCACAGCACCAAGCCCGGUCAUCAUAAACUGCCUCAUUGAUAUGAGGGCGAUAGAAUCUGUUCUGAUCAUAAAGGAAAAAGACAUAGCGAGGAGGAUCAUGCAGCAAGGAGAGUCACCCCUAAACUGUCGUGAGGCCUUCACUGCUGAGGGAGAUCAGGUGUAUCACAACCGUUAUUAUACCUCUGACUACAGCAGAGCCAAGUAUCUGGGCAUGAAUCUCCAGACUGAAAUAAGCGUGUUGGAGUCAGAGUUGGAGAAUCAGCAGGCUCAGCUGUCCAGGUUUCAGCUCCAAGUGACCUUUUUGUCUAAUGACAUCUCGUACAUGGAGAACAAGCUGAAUACCGCCAUUACCAUCCUGAAGAAAACUCUGGCCUCUGUGAAUCAAAUCAAGGCAACAAUAACUGAGCUGCAGACGGCUGGAGAGGAGCACGCUAGUGACAUCAGCUCCUUGGAAGAAGUUGCCAACGAGAACCGUCAGAAGAUCAAGACAGAGAAACAGGCUGUUGAUGAAGCAAAGUUGGAGCUAGACAAAUGUCGGAAAAAGGCAGAGGACAUGGAGUCAGAAUACUCUUCUGUUAGGAAACAGUUUGAUCAACUCCUUGAAGAGAGGGAGCCCUUAAAGCAUGAACAAGAGAAGCUGGAGGCUGAGUGUACAAAGUGUAAACAUAAUUUUAAGAUCAUAGAGAACCAACUUAAGGCUCAUGAAGACAACAUCCAAGCUAUGAAAAGUGACCUCGCCCAAAGAGAAGAAGAGUUACAGGAAUAUGUGGCCAAAGCCUCAGAGAUCAGUCCUGAGCGGCAGCAGGUGACCGGCAGCAUCAUGAGCGUCGACAGAGAAAUCACUCAGCUGAAGGAGAAAAUCAAAGUUUUGGAGAGCAGCCAUGGAGACCGGGAGAAAGUGGUCAGGGAGUACGCAGAGGCCCUCGCUCUCUACAGAAAGAAAACCAACCAAGUGACAGAUCUGCGGGGGUUCAUUGAUCGACUUGACAACAUCAUGUCAGACAGGGGCAACAGAUACAAAGUCAUGCGUAGGUCUCUCUCUGUCAGAUGCAAGCUGUACUUCAAUAACUUUCUCAUAAAGAUGAACUGCUGCGGCGCCAUGGUUUUUGAUCACAUCAAUGAGACGCUCUACAUCUCGGUUGGGCCUACAGAGAGGGAGGAUGAAGCUGUGAGGGACACGAGGUCACUGUCAGGCGGUGAACGCUCCUUCUCCACUGUUUGCUUCAUGCUCUCCUUGUGGGAGAUCACAGAGUCACCCUUCAGAUGCCUCGAUGAGUUCGACGUCUACAUGGAUAUGCAAAAUCGCAGAAUCUCUCUGGAUCUCCUCCUGGAUCUGUCUCAGCGGCAGCUACUCCGACAGUUUAUCUUCAUCACUCCCCUCACCACCAGAAAUUUGCCUAAAAGCAGCCUCAUCAAAGUGCACCAGCUUCAGGGUCCACACAAUCAGAGGGAGACUGAGGAUGAAGACGUUUGAAGUGAGCUCUAGAGACCAUAACAUAAAGGAUGUUCAUGUGCACAGUAAUUUAUUUUUCAGCCUUACCCUACUGUAUGUGUUUGUGUUAUGUCUUUGUUUCUUUAGUGAGAGAGUGUAAAGGAUGUGUUAUAUGUAAAAAUGUUGUGUUAUUCAUUAUUCUGUAACUCAGUAUUCUGUGUGUUUUAGAAUGCUAGUGUUCAUUAUUCCUGAAGUUAAAAAUCUGUUUUGAUGUAGUAUACAUUUUAGUUUAAAUGUUUGU